AUGGCUGUAAACGAUGAUAGUGGUGAUUCGCAUGAUGAUGAUCAAAUGUUGGUGACAUUUCGAAGAUCUGAUCACUCUGAAAAUGAAGCACCAUCUUCAUCAUCAUUUUCAGUGUUGAAUGCACAACAUGAGUUACCUCUAGCACGAGUUAGGACAAUUAUGCAAAGUGGUGGUGAACAGGUACCAAUCUCCAGUGAAGGCUUAUUUGCUAUGACUAAAGCUGCAGAACUUUUUGUAUGCAAAUUAGCGAAAGAAUCAUAUGAAUCAAAUGACAAACCAAAAUGUAUGGAAUAUUCUCAUUUGGCAGAUUAUAUUCAAGAUAAUGAUAAACUUGAAUUCUUGCACGAAAUGGUACCUCAUAUGAUACGUUUUGCUGAUGUGAUGCAUUUGGUGCAACCGUCUAUGUCACAAACAACAGAAUGA